CGCUGCGGCCCGGAUCGGGAAGUAUCAACCGGGAACCGCGUUCCCCUUCGCCACUACCACCGCUGAACCCGGACCGCCUACUCAGGCCCGGGCCCAGCCGCCAUGACGAACGUGUACUCCUUGGAUGGGAUUCUGGUGUUUGGUUUGCUCUUUGUUUGCACAUGUGCCUACUUCAAGAAAGUACCUCGUCUCAAAACCUGGCUGCUAUCAGAGAAGAAGGGAGUUUGGGGUGUGUUUUACAAAGCUGCUGUGAUUGGAACCAGGCUGCAUGCUGCUGUGGCAAUCGCCUGUGUUGUAAUGGCGUUUUACGUCCUGUUUAUAAAAUGAAUUCCAAAGUAUCCAACUCAUCAACUGCCAAUCAAGGGGAUGGGGGUGAAGAACCUGUUGGGGGCCUGGACCCAGAAUAGGAGAGUUCAGCUAAAAUCAUCAGAGUCCCCAGGAUGACGCCACAGCAUCUGACCCUGCCAUAUGUGGGGAAAACUCAUGAUCACAAACAUUAUUUAUCCUUCAGGGGACUCCAGAAAGCCAACUUCCUUUGGUCUGUGUGUAAAUCAGUCUUCAGCAGAGAGCAUAUAGUAUUACAGAUAAAUUACACCCCUUGAAGAAAAGAUCACAUAUGUCCUGCUUAAAAAUCUCAGCUAUUUUGUUCUUCAGCCCCUCAUCAGGAUGUUUUUCAAACUGAGGCUCAUGUUUUUCAAACUGAAGGAAGGAAAUAGGCUGUGUUCAGACAUCUUGGGAGAGGAAAUAAUUUUCAAGACUUGACUUUUUUUCACUGUUUGGGAUUUGGCAGAUUGAGAAUGAGGCAGGCUGCUGGUUGGCAAACAGGAGUUAUGCAACGCCAAGAAAUUGUUUGGCUAUAGAAAUUUAUUUUUCAUAUACUCAUCUGGGAAGAUGCAAAAAGAGAACAGAUAAAGUAGUUGUGCUGCAUGCUGGUAGGUCAAGAGUUUUGCCAAGAGAAUAUGGACCUACAUAAAACUUGGGAAUUAUCUAUCUUUGAAGAGACCAGAAAGCAGUGGCUUAGACAAAAAAUUUUCUGUUCGCUAGUAUCCCCAAAAGGAGACUUCAGUCAAAUGGUAUAUGAAGAAUGAAUCAACUGUUGCUAUUUCCUAAAGACUUUUUAUGUUCUCUGAAUUACUUAGUGCUAAAUACUCUUACUCGGUUUUAAAUGCCACCACUAGGAGAAAAAGAAACUAUUGAAGAAAUAAUUGUUUAAUAUAUUUGCAGUUAGGGUAGAAGAAAUAAAUCUAGCGUAUUAAUUCAUAUACUAGUAAAUUCAUCUGGUAUAAGAAUUUAUUGUGAUGUUAGAUGGAAGUUUUGUCAUGUUAUAAUAGAUACAAACUUAUUCUUUGUUAAAUCUGGGUUGUUACAGCAAUUUUUAGUUGAUUUUUUUUGGCUAACUUCAAUUUUUUUCAUAUUGCAGUAGUACUAUUUAGUUAUCUCUGGAAAUUUUAUUUAUUAUAAGAACACGAGAAAUUUAAAUGAGAUAAGCUGCUGAUACUCAUCAGCAUGUUUGUAUGUUUCAUAGAAUCCACAAACAAAAUGAGGGUGUUCUCUGAAGUGAAGGAAAACAGCUUUGCAAUUGAGAUUGAAGAGCUUUUCCAUGGAGUACGGCAACUCCUGAGCAAAUCAGUUUAGAUGACUCAACAUUUGAAGGGAAGAUUUUUCCAUUCUCUCCUCAUAUGAUCUUCUAAAGUAUAAGCUGUUAGAUUUGUGAAGCCUAUAACUUCUCUUUUUUUAAAAAAAGAAUAGGUCUGAAAUUAGAUUAUUAUAAUAAACAAGCAUAGAAAUAGGUCUUCCAGUUGAGUUGUCCACAACAGUAAAAUUUACCUGUGGACAAGUUAGCUGUAGUUGACUCCCAUUUCAUAAUAAAUUGUCUUUUGUCUGCUUACUCCAAAAGAAUGAAAGUUGCUGAAGUUUAGAUUAUGAAAUACGCAGUUUAGUGUUUUGAGGGUUUCUAGAAGUAUAGAAAAUCACCAACUAAACACUACAUAUCUAAUCAUCUCAGAGUUGUGGCUGUUAUCUCUUCAGGAAUUGGUCCACAGGGUAAAUUUCAAUGAUUGAUAUGUUUCCCAUUGUCAUUUCUGAGCAUCAUCUUUUGCAUGAGAGAAAGGAAAUUAGUUGAACAGGAAGGACAGUUACACCUUGUAGGUGUGAUUUUGGAACCUGAUGGCUAAAGGGAAUGUCACUCUCUGGAAACAGGUUCAGCGUGUUUUGCACUUGUUAUUUUGUAGCUUUAAUGAUUCAUGUUUUCUAAUAGGGCUAAUGUCUCUAAGCUUGGUGCUUAGAGCUGCUUCAUAUUUUAAACUAGUUCCAUUCCACAGUUCCAGUUCAAACCAAUUUUCACAGACUCCUGGGUGGGUAAUUUUGACAUAAACUCUUGAGUAGAUAUAUUUUGAUGUUUUCAUACCAGAAUGUACCAAAAAGUGCACAAGUGAAGGUAAUUUACAGCAAGAAACAAAUAUACACCUUAUUUCAUUUAUAGACUUUAUGUAAGUAGAUAAGUAGAAACUUGUUUAACUCGUUACUUUGGUUGAUAUGUCAUAUUUUCGACUAAAAAUUAUAAGAGGUUAUUCCUCUGGGGAAUAUUGUCUCAUAUUCAAACUGACAUCACCAUAAACCCUGUAUGCCAGGUGGAACGAAGUCAGUUCCUUUUUAUAGUUGAAGUACAAUUUUUUAUUCACCAUUGUCUGCACAAAUCCUUGAAAAUAAAAUUUCUUUCCAUAUAA